ACACAACAAGUCUUCAACCCAAUCAUAAAUAAAAAAACCAAAGCACAAUUGUUAUUCGUACCUCGACACUGGAUUACGCAUAGAAUCUUAGAAUAAGUAGAAAAUCUUUCGAAUCUUCUCCCUACAGCACAGUUGUUUGUAUUGUAAUCAGUUAGAAGUCACUUGGCCUCCCCAUGGAUGAGGAAGAUGGGGUGUUCAGCUUCAGGUCACGCAGCCCCGCUAUGGGGAUAUCGGGGCUCAAGAGAGACCAGCAGAGGUCGCCGUCAGUGCCUGACGAAGGAGAAGGACGACGACCCUCAGGCGGUAUCCUACGUCUGGAUCCUUCCAAGCCGCGCCGUCGCUCCUCCGCCAACAGCAUUGAUCUGAGGAACGACGUCGGUCGGCAGGAAGGGGAUCCCUCGUCGCCGUGCCCAAGCGACCGUCUCUCAGUGACGUGGGCUGACGGCGAGCGCUCUGUCAGCAGCGACACGUCCCUACAGCAGCGUCUCGUGGGGCGUCUCGACGUCGUUGACAACCCUUCUGUCACCAACCUCCUCCCCAACUCGUGCAUACCAUCUCCAGGACCACAGUCGGUAGGGCACGCGUCCUGCAUGUCUCAGGAGCCAAUGGACCCCAGCAAGCUCAUGCCAGACGUGCGACCCGAGGACGAUGAUGAUAUCAGCGCCAGCAUCUCCGCGAUUCUCCAGCGCUCCGAUACGAUGAAAAAUACAAGGAAGCGCCGGCGCUCUUCCUUCCGUCGUAGGCUUACUCGGUCAUCGACGCUGACGGACAGCUCCGGGGAAUGCACGGUACUGGAGAUGGAGUCUGAUGGCGAGCUGGCCAAGGAUAAGCUGCGCGUGUACCGAGAAGUUAUCGCUGGAGUGCGGGAACAACCUUGGCCCAUAAGCAGGAAGCUGAAGCUGGCGAGGUCUGCGCGAGCGUACCUGGCUGAGAACGAGGGGGCCGAGGAGGAACGUCUCGCGCAGAGCACCAGCACGCGGGACAUUUGCUACCGACACUUCAGGGCCGUCAGGAAGUCAAUCGGAUCCGGAUUACUGAGCUUCUACAACCAUGUUUCUGAACUUGAGCUCUGGCAUGGGCGUUUUAAAAGAAUCGAAUCGCAUUUCGGCAGCGCUGUUGCAUCCUACUUUCAUUUCCUUCGCUGGAUAAUGGGUUUAAACGCCAUUUUGGUCGUGGUCACCUUUGCGUUUAUUAUCAUUCCAGAACUCUUAGCUUCUACUCGCUCGAACACGGGGGAGCGGAAAUUUCUCCUGGACGAGGAGCAGGAAGGAGGCUACGACUUUAAAGUCUUGUGGAACUUCGAAGGCAUGCUUCGCUACUCGCCCUUCUUCUACGGCUACUACAGCAGGAGGCACAGCACUCCUGAAGGAUACAGAGUGCCUGAUGCCUACUUUCAUACAUUCAUAAUGAUAUUUGCCUUCAGCUUCAUCAUGAUUAUACGCAAGAUGGCAGCUAAUCAGCGCAUGUCGAAGUUGUCGUACGAUAAAACUGAGUUCAGUUGGUCACUUCUGAGCGGCUGGGACUACGCAAUAGGUGACAUGGAGGCCGCGCAGAACAAAGUCGCUGCCAUCAACAUGGGCUUCAGAGAGCUUCUGCAGGGGGACAAAGAAAAAGAAAAAUCCCUUACUGGAUGGCGCCUGAUCGUGUGUCGCUGCACUGCUCACGUGCUGGUGCUUAUCUUGCUCAUUGCGAGCGCAUACGCUGUGGUGCAACUCGUCGUGCGCUCCAUGGAGGUCGACGAAACGUACUCCUGGUGGCGCCAGAACGAACUCUCUAUCGUAUUGACCCUCAUCUCGCAAAUAUUUCCUUAUUUCUUCAGUGUGGUGUCGAAGCUGGAGCACGUGUUGCCUCGCCAGGAGGUGCAGAUGCAGCUGGCUAGGAUCAUGGCGCUCAAUCUUCUUAACCUCACCACAUUCGUCUUCACACUUUACCGUAGCAUCACAGAUAUGUCUGAAGACAGCGACAAAGAGAAAGAUUACCUCUUGAACUCUGUUGCCGGCAUGACUAGCGAUGCUGCCACUGCCACUACUGGACCAGCAAACACGCAACUUCCUGCCAGCGAUAACUAUGACCAGUCGUUGUUCCUGGCGCUGAGUAACUCACAGGAUCAAAGUCUACAGUCUUUUGUCAAUAUUUCUACCCCAGAAAUUCUAGGAGCGGUUACAUCAACCGUGAUGAUCGCUGCUGCUGCUCUGAGCAGCAAUAUAUCGUGGCCGGAUUACGCGUUCAACUCGACGACAGCCCACCCGGCCCCCGAAACUCCAGACGCUGAGCGCAAGUGCAGAAAGGUCGCGAUCCCGUGUUCGACGCCCACCGUUGAGUUCAUAGACGACUACCUCCUGUUCCCCAAUGACACGAUCGGCGAAACUGUUGAAGCAAACAAUGACCAAUCUGAAACAACAGAAUUCAUACCAAUUGACACUAUGAAUAUUACAUUGUCAGACAACGAAACACAGAGUGGAAAUGGGACUGCAAUAGCCAUAGAUUUCAGGUCAAGUGAUGAUAAAAUGAGAGAUGUAGGGAUGAAUUCAACCGUUUUUCCCUCGAAUGCGACUAGUUAUUUCAAUGGAUCAAGUGACGAUGACUUUAACAUACUGGUGCCAGGCAACGAGGAUCUGAUUAAUCUACUCGAUGAAUCUCAUUACACGCCUGCACAAAAUUCCACAGCUACUUCAGAACCAGAUCAGAUACUCAACGUAACUUCGACUAACAAUACGCGCUACAGGAGAUACAUUAAUGAAGCAAGUUCAAUUCCAGAAGAGUUUCAGUUCGUAGACGAUGAAACUGUGCUUGAGCGUAAUAAGAGACAGCACGACUAUGACCAUCAUUUCUCUGGCAAUUUGUACGAUACGCGGAUCUUCAACUUUGUUACGGAGGCAGCACCCAGUACCACUUCCCAAAAAAGCACAACCCAAACCUCUUCUAGCUCCUCCCUUUCUUUCAAUUCUGUUUCAUCCAUUUUGCCUGUGAGCAUCCCUACACCUACUUUUCUUAAUUUUUAUUCAAGAAAAAAACUUGACUUACAAGUUGAAGCGACGAAGGCAGACACCGAAGAGAUGCCCUACAACGCACCUGCCAACUUUUUAAACAAUUCACACAAUUUAGAAUCCGACUUGGUCGAGCUGCCUAACAAGAUGGAAACAUCCGCGCCGAGAACCAGUUCCAGCAGCUUCUCUGCAACUGACAAGAUGGAAACCUCCGCGCCGAGAACCAGUUCCAGCAGCUUCUCUGCAACUGAACUUGAUUAUGACGUUGCCAAUUCUCCUUUUCAAUGCUUUGCAUUUAUUUGUGAUGACAGUGAUUCCAAGAAUGGAGACAGCACUCCUCAACUUGACCGAGAAUUCAAUUCCACUAUUGAAGACUCCGCCUACAUAAACAAGAGUAACAUAUCCAACCCGGCAAACGACUCCAUGAAUGAAGAAAAUUCCCAUCAAAUUGACCAGGAAUUUAAUUUUACUAUUGGAGACUCGGGCUAUAUAAACAUGAGUACCGCGUCCAGCCCGGCAAGCGACUCCAAGAAUGAAGAAAAUACUCUACAACUUGACCUGGAAUUUAACACCACAACAGUAAACUCCACCUAUCCAAACAUGAGCGAACCAUUUAGCCCGGCAACCGACUCCAAGAACGAAGAGAGUUCUCUUCAAUUUGAUCUGGAAUUCAAUUUCACAACAGAAGGCUCCAUCUAUUCAAACAUGAACGAAGUGUUCAACCUGACAAGCAACGGCUCAGCUCCGAACUUGAAGAACGAGACGUACUUUAUUGACGACGUGGUGGACGAUGUCAGUGAUUCGAUUACUGACUGGAACGAUGAGAUGAAACUAGAUCGUUUGGAAGACCUUAUAACUGCGCUGCCGCACGCAAGACGACGGAAGCUCCGCAGACUGUGUUGGGAGACGGCUAUUGGACAAGAAAUCGUAAAAAUAACAGUCAUGGACCUGAUCGUGACCAUCGCCUUGAUCUUCAUCACCGAGUACCUACGCGCGGUGUUCGUGCGCUUCUGUAACUUCAGGAACUGCUGCUGGGAUCUCGAGAAGCAGUAUCCUGGAUACGCAGGUUUCGACAUCGCGGAAAAUAUUUUCCACCUCAUCAACAACCAGGGUCUCGUGUGGAUGGGCAUGUUUUUUUCACCAUGUCUGCCAGCCCUGAAUCUCGUGAAGCUUGUGAUCCUCCUGUACGUGCGCUCCUGGGCGGUGGUGACAUCUAAUGUGCCUCCUGAGGUCGUCUAUAAAGCGUCCGACAACAACAACUUUUACUUGCUACUCUUCCUCGCCAUGCUCUUCCUGUGCAUGCUGCCUGUCUGGUUCGUGAUGGUUUGGGCCCCACCAUCCUGGCAUUGCGGGCCGUUCAGCGAGUACGAGCACGUUUAUAAGAUCUUCCCGUUCAUCGACUUCAUUUCCAUCCCCUUCUUCGUUAUCCCUGCGGUACUCCUACUCGUGCUGGCCAUAUUCUACUAUGUAUCGCUCACCAAGGCUCUCAGAGAAGCCAACGAAGACCUUUACGAUCAACUCUGCCACGAACGUAACGAGGAGAGGAGGAAGACGAAGGAAGCCUUGGCCGGCGCGCCGGUGCUCGACACUCCAUCAUCCAGGUGGGCUAAGCUAAUCAACAUGACGCCUCUGCCCAACCGCUCCCGAAUUGCAUCUCUCACAGCCAAGCUGAAAGCUGCCGCUGCUACAGUGGACGACGACGAUGACGAUGCGCUGCGCACUCCUCUGCUGUCAGACGCCCACGCGGCGCCGAGUCUCCCAGGCGACGACUUGACGGACCUCGGACAGUCGGAGGUGUUCGACGACUCUCUCUCCGAGCAGCGCAAGACUUCACUCAAGCAGGGCUCACUCAAUGACAAGCGCUCAACUGUUUCGAAACAAGCAAACGAUGCUAAAAAGAGAGAUACGAUUCCCUCAAAAGAUAAUCUCGGCAAGAAAGCUCGAGAAGAUUCUGUAAAAAAUGGAAGGAAAGGCCGAGAUAGAUUGGAGUCGCAAGAAUCUGCAGGCAGUCAGAUGCCGAAAAGCCCUAAAUAUCAGAAAAAAAGUAAGCGAUUUUCUUUCCCUGAUUCUUUUAACCAGGAUACUGCAGCACUGGAGUCUAAAAGGCAGCCUCGAGACUCUCUGAAGAUAAGGAAACAUGCACGGGAUAAUGGAGAAGCGGCUAACGAAGAUCUUGCGCAAAAAGACAGCACUGACUCUAAAAAGAAGGAAACUUCUUCAACCCCGUACGUGAAACAGAAACGAAGGCCGACGUCGCAGGAAGGGCAGGGCUCCGAAGAAGCUCGUCGUAAGCAAACUUCAGGUAAGCAAUCUACGCCGACUAAGGACCCUUCUCAUUCCAGGAAAGGAUCUUCCAGUAGUCAGGAACGCAAGAGGAAAGAAAGGAAUUGGGCAUCACUGGAACGGGAUCCUCCUGCAUCUGACAGCCCUCUAAGGAAGUCUCACAAGAAAAAGAAUCGAGGGGGCGUCCCUCCCACGGUGGUGGUGGACCAGCACGGGCCAGACAUCGAACAAGAAAAACUAGUUCAGGAGUCCUUGGUCAAGCAGGAAGGAGCUGAGGACGACGACAGCGACAUGCAAAGAAUCCCUGUUAUCAAGAUCAGCAAAGAGGACAGCGUUGAGCGCUCCAUCGAGCAAGCCAAGUUGGAUCGUCAGAAAGCAAUCCAAGAAGACGACCUCAACCCCGACGGAGAGCAGAUUCCGAUGGCCGACGACUCUGAUGCCCCGACACUGCAUGACCGGCCGCCAUCAGCAGAAGGUCACGAGGCGCACUACAGAGACGCCGCACCACGUCCAACUUCCUCUCAAGCAACCGACAGCCCCGAUCUUAGCUCAGUGACUCGAGCUCAGUCGCACACAGCCGAUUUGCAUAAUAAAAAUGUUUGCGACGGUGAAAUUGGUGAGCAAAUUUGCUCGACUAACAUGACUGAUUUCACGAGCCCAAUUUCAGUAUCGUCUUCUGCGUUCUUCCCUCCGCGCGGUCCCGACAGUCCCGAUUUGACAAACCCAUUGUCAUCUGCGGCUUCUGAAGCCAGAAAUGCAUCUGAUAGCCCAGACCUCACCAUUUCAAAUUCGAUCUCGACUCCAAGCUCCAGCUCAUGUAAGACUUACGUUAUUCCCACGAAUAUUGAGACUGAAAACAAAACCAAGUCAGGAGCUGACGUUGCAACGCAGGAAGCAGGACCAGAUGAAAGAACUGAUCCUCCAGAGCCUCCACAACGCACGUCAUCUCUGCACAAAAUUUCUCGCAGUAACUUGGAAAGUAAGAGUAUUAAACUAGCUAGACAUCAGACGUUACCGGAUAAACUUCCUGAAACAAUUCAAUCACUUGCGGAUAAGGAUGAUGCCUCAAAUGAUCCCUUCCAAACGAACAUGACAGCACCCAAAGCGGCGGUAGAAGACGAUUUCCUUCCAAAUGACCAUGAUGGCAGGAACAAACAGAACGAGUAACGUUGGAAUUUCUGAAUUGUGAUGUAAAAAUAUGUUCACUUUUACGAAUGCUACAUUUGUAGCCAAUUCAUUUCUAUAUUUGUAUUGUUAACCAUCGAUAUUUACGAAGCUCGAUCGAUAUUUACGCAGUUUUGGCCCAUUCUUGAAGUCACUUUUUCUGCAACCGAAAUAUGGUUGCAGCUUUGCUAGCUUUGAUUUAAACUUUCGGAUAUUAAUUACAAUCGAUUUUAAUGCACAUUUAUUGGAUUUAUGGUUUCAAACGUUUUUUAUUUCUUUUUUAGAAGACAAAGUUUAUUUUUAAGAACAAUUCCCAUGAAUAAAUCCGUUAUCAAAAUAUGAUGGCAAAGAUUCCUUUCAAUAUCGCCUGCCCUGGAUGCACGCAUUAGUUUGUGAGCUCGCACGCACAAACUAAUGUUAUGCGCCUUGUCAGCAGAGUACGUACUUUUUUCUUGCAAAGAAAGCCAUCACAUAAUUACUUAUCCUCCCUCAAAGAAAGCCAUUACAUAAUUGACUAAUGUUAUCAUGUCCAUUGAAGUCAACUCAUAAGUGCACGUUAUACACGAAUUUUACUAAUUAUGGCAUCUUAAUUACGUAUGCCAUAUCCGCACUGUGCCAUCAAUCAUUUCAGUUGGCUCAAUAAUCAAAAUGUAACCUUCAUUCAUUUUUCUCGUGGCUUUCAUGCAAACAUCAGAACGACACAUCCUAAAUUCAUCUCACCAGGUUAAGAAUACAAAGGUACGUUAAAACUGAGGCUGAUUAGUCCUGUGCAUGAAAUCCAACAAAAUACAUGGCAAUGAUUAAACAAUAUUUCCCAAAGUUCUUUGCAAGUGCACAGCGAGGCGAUCACCCUUUCAAGCACAUCAAGUGGGAUAGUCGACAUAUUCAUAAUUAUCGGGCACUGUGUCGAGCACUAGCUGAGCUUCGGCGUACACAACAGUUACUGAGUAUCACGAUAAUUGAAGAUCAUCAAACUAAUGAGCGGAUUACAUUAAUAAACACUUUCACGACUUGGUUGCAAGACAUUGAAGCGAGAGAUUUAAUUUUUCUCAAGCGGACAAGUGAGGUUAACAAUACAGUAAGUUAUGGUCGAAUAAAUGUUCUUCUGAACCUAGUGACUUGUUCUCGAAAAAAAAAGUCGCGUAUUAAUUCACAAAUACCCUCGCUCAGACAUGAAGGCUAUUUUAUAAAAUCUUUUGAACUUUUCAUCAAUCUUUUGAACAUUUUAUAGAAUCUUUUGGAAAAAUUCCUCCAACAUUGAUCAUUUUGUGCCUAUGAUAAAAGAAUAGGUAAAGAAACUUAAGUCCAAUGGCAGAUAAGUGAGAUACGUAAUAGGAAGUUAAUAACAAGGAAAUUACGUGUGAUCUAAAUACAUAGGCGUGGUCUAAGUUUACUUCAACACUGGAUUGAAAAUAAAAAUUUGCAGCGAC